CAGAGGGGAGGGAGAGCUCCUUUCACUGUUGAUGGGACCCCUUGCAGGGCCGCGGAAUGAGCUGGGCGAGACUGGGCCACCUGGCUGUAUUUCCUAGCCGUGCCUCCAGCAGCUGGCAUGACCUUGGGUGUUUGCCCCUCCCUGUGGUCAAGCUGGCUCUGCUGAGCAAAGACGGUCUCCGGCGGAGGCAGGUGCUGUUGGCUCCGGGUGCGCGGCUGUUGCUGGAAGGGAAGCCCCCGAGGGCAGAGGGCGGCAGGCCCGGGACGUUCCCAGCGGAGGCAGAGGACGCCGAGAGCCAGGCAUCCCGGGCGAGCCCGGCGAGAGGAGGCGCUCCCUGCUCCUGCGGGAGGCGGGGCUGCCCCUUCCCUCUCCCCCUCCUCUUCCCCCUCCCGGAGGCCCCGCGGGAGCCGGAGUCCUGCGCCGUAGGGCGGGGGCGGGGGGAGCGAGGCCUUCCAGGUCGGACUGAGCGGGGGCGGGAGGAGACUGUGAGGCCCCAGUGGCUGGGCCCUAAAGGGUCUGAAUUGGGCAGCAAGUGUGGUGGGGAGAAGGACCCCCCAGUUUGGAGCUGGCGGGGGAGGCUGUGUCGGCGGGUGGCCCUGGAGCCCUCCGAUCUUGGCCCCGCAGCAUCUGUCCCCCAGGGAGGUCAGCAUGCGUUUGCCCUUCCCCGCCUGUGCGUCGUGGGUCCACUCCCUCUCUGGCUCCCGGAACCCCCACUCCCCCGAGGUCCCCUCGGGAGGCAGAGCCCGCGGCGGGGCGGGCGCGCAGCAGCUCCUGGCCCAGUAAACACCCGCGGGCGGGACGGCUGGGGCUGGGGGCGGGGGCAGGAAGCUAGCGGCGGCCCGGGCCAGCCGGCGCGGCCCCGUGACGUCGCUCUGCUCGCAGGGAUCUCUCCCCGGGGCCCGCGGGUCCCCUCCUCCCGCCUCCUCCCGCCCUCCUCCCCGCGCCUCGCCUCGGCGCCGCGGCCGGCAUUUCUCCUCGCAGCUCGCUGCCUCUUCUGUCCCUGCCUCCCUCUCCCCCCUCUGUCUUUCUCCCUUCCUUCCCUCUCCGACCCUCUUCCUCUCCCUCCUGAUCCUUUCCCUCCUCCUCUCAUCUCUCCCCUGUCUCUCCGUUCUAGAUCGUCCCCCCCCCACCUUUUCUUCUUUCUCCUCCUCUCCUUCCUCUCCCCCUCUCCUCUGCCUCCUUCCACCGUCUCCCCUGCCUCCCCAUCUUUCAGUCCCUGUUUUUCUCCCCGUCUCCCUCUCGGUUUCUCUCCCCCUCCCUCCCUCCGGGUUUCCUCCCCUGGUGCCCUCCCUCCUCCCUUCCUCCCCUCCCCCUCCACCCCUCGCAGCCCCGCCGCUCGCAGCUCCCAGUCUGCCUCCCCGAACCGGCGCCGCCGCCCGCACUCGCCGCAGGACCGGCCCGCCCGGCUCCCGGGGUGCGCCCUCCUCGGUCCCGCGCCCUCCGGGCUCGCAGGGACGCCUCCUCCCUCCGGGCUUGCGGCCCCGCCCGGCCCGGCCCCCGCCCAGAGCCCCAGCGCGCCGAGGAUGUGAGUCCUGCUCGCCUCUGGCGGAGCAGCAGCCACUCGCGCGCGGAGCCGGAGCGCAGCGCAGCGCAGCCGCG